UUUGGUAUAAGUUCAAAAGGUAAGUAAGGACUUAUGUCAAACGAUCUUAGACAAAAGUGAAGCCUGGGGUUUGAAUUCUGUCACCUGCAGCGCAUAUAGUUAUUUGCCUCUUACGUGUAGGUCGAUGACACAGUUAGCACAGACAUAGGAUUAUAAGCCCAGCCCAACCAUAUCAAAAAAAUAAAAAAUGCAAAUAUUGACAUACCACAUAGGAGAACAAAUGUACAAGGAAUGGAGGCCUGUCCACAGCCAAAAACAAAUAGAAAGGCUUGAAUACCCCCACCAGUUAAUGUAAAAUGACCAUGACACCCUUGCCGAAGGCCCAAGCCACUUCUUAGCGCGACGGCGAAUCAAUCGACAAUUGAAUCGAUCACAGGCACCAGCGCCCUUUUGUCCCUACCUAUUCUCAGGCGAGGCUGAGGUUUCCCUCCUCGGAGAGACGCAGAAGAAGAAGAUAUGGUGAAGGAGUGGGUUUCUGUUUCUCCGGCAUCGGAGAGGGGAUGUUCAGAGGGUGCAAGCGCCGGCAGCGGGGGAGGAGCAUGGUGGGCAACCAAUACCCUAGUUGCCCUACUCGCCAUACUGCUAUGGCACUUAGCCAGGCACUUGUACUUCUCCCUUUUCGCCUUUCGCUCUCCCACCAAACCCUCCCUUUGUCCCCCCGCGAGUCCGCAGCUCCGAAUUGUGGAGAUCAUAUCAGAUGCAGAUUUACAAACUUUAAUCAACAAUUUGGAUGAGAAGAAUAGUGAGAGUGAUAGAUGGGAAAAUGUCAUAGACAAGAAAAAGGAUAACCUUUCGUACAAAGUGAAAUGCUGCAAACCGAAGGAUGGUCCCUUGAAAUACAUGAGCUGGACGAUAUUUGAGAAUUGUUCAACUGAGUUGCUGAGAGACUUUUACAUGGACAAUGGCUAUAGAAAGCUGUGGGACAAGACCGUGGUUGAGCAUGAGCAGCUGCUGGUGGAUGAAACUAAUGGAAUUGAAAUUGGUCGUACAAUCAAAAAAUUCCCAUUCUUGACUCCUAGAGAGUAUGUACUAGCUUGGAGAUUGUGGGAGGGAAGAGACAAGUCCUUUUACUGCUUUAUCAAGGAAUGUGAACACCCUUCAGUACCACGACAAAAGAAGUAUGUACGUGUUGAGUUCUUUAGAUCUGGUUGGCGAAUUAGGAAAGUACCUGGUAGAAAUGCAUGUGAGAUCAAACUGGUGCAUCAAGAAGAUGCUGGUUUGAAUGUGGAGAUGGCAAAGCUGGCGUUUGCCAAGGGCAUAUGGAGUUACAUCUGCAGAAUGGAUACUGCUCUGCGAGGAUAUUCUGCCUCCAGCCGUUCUCAACAAAAUUUGGCUGUGACUGCAGUCACUCUUGUUCGGAAGGUCCCACCUGGACUAGAAGCAGUUGAUGGCAUAACCUGUGCAGCUCCUCGAGCAACCUCUGCAGCAAGUGUCAGCCAUGAACAAAUCACUAGUGAAGCCAGUGGGCAGAAGUCCUCAAGAAGGCCGUCAAAGAAAUUGAUAGCCAAUGGAUUGCUUAUACUUGGUGGUUUGAUCUGCCUAUCUCGUGGUCACUCUUCCCUGGGCGCUAAAGUUGCCAUGGCAUUCAUCUUGAAAAAGCUGACCAGACAUGAUUCCCAAUCCAGCCAAACCAGGCUAAGUUGACACUGGUUUAUCGCAUAGCUGCUGUUAUAAUUAUUACAAUAUAAGUUCUUAGUUUUUAUGCUGCUCCUCACAUAUCAUAUACUAGCUCUGACAUCUGGCGCAAUUGUUAACCCAUGUAACAGCUGUUAUUGUUUCCUUUCUGUACACACCAAGUAAAUGUAUUCUUGUAAGUUGUUUGCCACUGUCUCCUUUGUUGAAUUUAUGUGCAUAAAUAUAUUCCUCUACCCCAUGUGCUUCCUUGAA